AUGAGUUCCACAGAAGACCUUGACUAUCCUCAAGUCAUCUUGCAAUAUAACAGUGGAUUUUUAGUCUCAAAGGUUAUGUUCACUGCCUGUGAGUUGGGGGUGUUUGAUCUUCUCCUGGAGUCAGGAGAGCCUCUGUCUUCAGAUGCCAUUGCUGUGCGCUUGGGUACCAGCACCACAGGGAUGGAAAGACUGCUGGAUGCCUGUGUGGGAUUGAAGCUCUUGGCAGUAGACCUGACACAAGAAGGAGCCCUCUACAGAAACACAGAAAUUUCCAACAUCUAUCUUACAAAAUCAAGUCCCAAGUCUCAGUAUCAUAUUAUGAUGUACUACUCCAAUACAGUCUACUUGUGCUGGCACUACCUGGCUGAUGCUGUGAGAGAAGGAAGAAACCAAUAUGAAAGAGCUUUUGGCAUUUUACCUAAGGACCCUUUUGGAGCAAUGUACAGAUCAGAAGAAGAAAUGCUGAAAUUCAUGGCUGGCCAGAACUCCGUAUGGAGUAUAUGUGGCAGAGAUGUUCUUGCCGCAUUUGAUCUUUCCCCUUUCACGCAGAUCUAUGACCUGGGAGGAGGUGGAGGAGCUUUGGCCCGGGAGUGUAUUUCUUUGUACCCAAAUUCCACGGUCACAAUUUAUGACCUGCCGAAAGUAGUGCAAGUGGCCAAAGAAAAAUUUAUUCCCCCUGAGGAGCGUCGGAUCGCUUUCCAUGAAGGAGAUUUCUUUAACGAAUCAGUUCCAGAAGCUGAACUGUAUAUCUUAUCCAAGAUACUGCACGAUUGGGAUGAUGACAAAUGUAGGCAACUGCUGGCAAAAGUCUACAAGGCUUGCAAACCUGGCGGUGGAGUGCUGCUGGUUGAAUCACUUCUGAAUGAAGAUAGAAGUGGGCCUUUAGAAACCCAACUGUAUUCCAUGAAUAUGUUGGUGCAGACAGAAGGAAAGGAGCGAACAGCAGCAGAGUACAGCAAGCUCCUCGAGGCAGCUGGCUUUGGAGCGAUUCAAGUCAAGAGGACUGGAAAACUCUAUGAUGCUGUUUUAGGAAGGAAAUAA